CCUCUCUCAUUCUCUUUCUCGCUCUAGUUUUCUCGUUGAGAGUCUCUUACUCUGUUUAAUUACUUGUUUCCGGGAAAAAGAUUCUCGGGAAAACAAAAGAAAAAAAUCUCAAGAAAGAUUCAUCUUCGUUGAUCGCUACGAUGAAACGUUUCUUAUGCUGUCUCAAAGGAGGAAGCUCAAGUAACGCAGCGCAAGGUAACGACGAGAACGACGAAGUAGAUGUCGAGCGCCUAUUUGGGAAUAACGAGCGCCUCAAUCAUCUUUGGAGAAAUCAUCUCCGACUCCCUGACGAUCGUGAAGUUGCAGAUCCGACUGCUGCUCUGUUACCAGUAUCUCCACCUCUACCUGAUAAUUGUGGAGAAUCAUUUCUAUGGCGUGAGCUCGUAAACGGAACCAUAAACUUCCGGGACGAAUUUUAUCUCGGCAAAGGCAACUUCGGCGAAGUCCAUCGCUGCUAUUUCUCAAGACUUAAUGUGGAUGGAGCGGUAAAGGUUCAAAAUCCACAGAAUCCAACUGGUCAUGUUGAGUUCUUGGCAGAGGUUACAACGUUACGUGCAACUAAUCAUCCAAAUGUGAUUAGACUUCUUGGCAACUGUUACGGCCAAAGGAACCGUGCUAUAAUUUACGAAUUCAUGGCCAACGGAGAUCUUGAGCGUCACAUCUUUGCACACAAAACGAUGGUGGAGGGUCCGCGACCUAAGGGUCUAACACUACCAAUUAGGGUUUUGGAUUGGUACACGAGGAUGAAAAUUGCUGUGGGUGUAGCCAAGGGCCUGGUUUAUCUACACGAGGAGCUGAAAGUGAUUAACAGAGAUGUCAAGGCCGGAAACAUAUUACUUGAUGCAGAUUUUGUUCCGAAGCUGACAGAUUUUGGAUUGGCGACUAAAAUCGUUGAAGAUGAAAACGGUGUUGAGCAGCAGCAACGGAUCAUUCCGAUGAAGGCAUCUAUGGGAUACAUUGCACCGGAAGGAGAGAUUUCCUGGUUGGUUUCGACUAAGACUGAUGUCUAUAGCUAUGGAGCUUUUCUGUUAGUGCUUUUCACCGGAAGGAAACCUUUUUAUUCGGAUAAUCCUGCUGGGAAAAAGAAUCUCACUGAUUGGUUUUUGAGAGUAUGGGAUAGGAUCGAGGAUGCGCCUGUGAAAGCUGAUGUUGCGCUCGGUAAUAGGUACUCGGUUGAAGGUUUAAAGAAGAUAUUUGAUACUGCGAGGAUGUGUAUAAAGGCAGAGAGACUUGAACGGCCUACCAUGAGUGAAGUGGAAGCGAUGGUUCUCGAAGCUGCAGCUUUCCCGGUCCAAGUGCCGCGCCAGGUGACAAGGAGGCGUUCGGCUUCAACAUAAGAAGUUUUCUCAGGCGGUUUUACGUAGGGCUUCUUUUUUUUCUUUGGUGUUUGGUUUUUCAGAAACUUGGUUGUGUAACGGAUGGUUUUGUUACUUUUUGAGAUGUUUUUGAGACGAGGUCAGGUUAGGUUGUGAACUUUUUG